AUGGAAGUAUCAGGAAGAAGACGAAGAGAAAAGGAUUUCUCAUCAUCCUUGUCACGCGGUUCUGAUGCUGCUGACCAGCUUUUCUGUGUCCCGUGUAAACAAGACGGAUCUCGGAUACCAGCCUACGGAUAUUGUCAGAACUGUGACGAACAUUUAUGCGAGACAUGCUACAAAAUCCACACCAAACCAUCACCUUGCAGGAAUCAUGUCCUUCUAGACAAGACACAAAUGCCAAAAUCCCAGAAUUCAAGCACGCAAACGAGUCCCAAAGAUUUGACUGAAACAUGCCAACAUCACCAUGGUAAAGUUAUAGAGUAUUUUUGCAAAGAUCAUAAAACUUUAGGUUGCAGCCCAUGUAUGACAAUAAACCACAGAAAUUGCAAGAUCGAUUACAUUCCAGAUGUCUCCAGCAACUACAUAGCCAGUCCUCAGUACCAGAGUCUUCUACAGACCUUGCAGUCUUUACACGAAAAUGUAAAGGAAAUAACCAAAUCAAUUAAAGGGAACAAGAAACUCAUUCAAGAAAACCAAGAUAAAGUCAAGGCAGAUAUUCAAAAAUUUAGACAAGAAAUCAACACUACACUAGACGAAUGGGAAGCUCAGAUCAACAAAGAAGUUGAGAGUUUAUUUUCCCGAGAACAUCAGAGGACAGAUUCAAUACUUGCCCAAUGCCACGAAAUGACAGGAAAGAUUGAAACACAACAAAAAACCUUCAAGACUCUGGAAAAGGAUAAGAAAUGCAACAUGAUCUUUAUACAUGGCAAGAAAAAGGAAGAGUCAGUUAAAGUGGACAAGAAAAUUAAACAGAAAUUGAAACAAGAAGCUAAAGCUAACAAUUACGUAUUUCAACCUAACUUGGCAAUCAAAAGUCUUUUGAAGACAGAGACUAACUUGGGAACGUUACUAGCAUUCAACUCUGAUGAAGAGUCCAAAACGAAAAAAAUGCAAGACCAAGCUGAAGAUGAUAAAACAAGUCUAUCCACUCACUUUCAGUUGCGACCAAAACAUCAUGAGAAUGUGUCGAGUUCAGACAUUUCUGUUACUCUAUUAGAUCAAAUUAAUGUUAAGACUAUCAGCGAUGUAUUUGAUUGCUCCAUAAGAGGACUUGCAGUAAUUGACACAGAUAGACUUGCUGUUGCUGACUACUUGAACGGCAGCAUUAAGAUUAUUGAUGUGAAGCAGAAGACAAUCGUUUCUGAGCUAAAAAUGCCUUCAUAUCCAUGGGACGUGACAGUGUUGCAAGGCGACCAGCUUGCAGUUACACUUCCGAGUAAAAGCUUGAUACAGAUUUUUUCAUGUUUUGAUGCUUUGUCUAAAGUGAGACAAAUUAAAGUUAAUGAGGCAUGCUAUGGGUUAGCUUUUAUUGAAAGAAGUCUGAUAGUUGAGAUGAAAAAUGGAAAAGUGAAGAUAAUAAAUCUGUCAGGGGUAGUUUUGAAAACACUAGAGUGUGGGGAACUAGGUGAUACCAGUUAUGUAACAGCAUGUUUAAACCAUAGAUGUAUCUAUGCUUCAUGUGGUAGCAGUGUAACUCGUUUCAAUAUGUCCGGUGAAGCUGUAGGACGGUAUACACAUGAAAGCCUGAAGCGUCUAAGUGGACUAGCUGUAUUGGAAGAUGGUUCUAUAUUGGUAUGUGACCAUGGUAACAGUAGCAUUCACCUGAUUUCAGGAAACAUGAAAAGCAGCAGGACAGUACUGCGGGAAACAGAUAAGCGUAUGAAUCCCGGCUGUAUGGCGCUUGAUAGUGAAGAGAAGAAACUGUACAUAGGCAGCAUCAAUGAAUGCAACUAUAUAAAUGUGUAUAAUCUAAAGUAA